AUGCAUUUCAAAGAUAAUAGUGAGGAUUGUAAUCUUAAUAAUAGAUUUGAAAAUUUAUUUUGUAGACUUAAAUUUAGAUAUAUUCAUUCAUUAGAUUGGAUCGUAAAAAAAAAUCAAAUACCACUAUUAAUAUGUAAAUUAGAGGCAAAUGAAUUCAUUUCAACAACACCAGCUUCAAUAAAAGAUUUAUUUAGAAUCAUUGAUAAUAGCAUUAGUCAAAAAGAAAAAGACCAACAAGAAAAAGAACAACAACUACAACAAAAUUAUAAACUACUUGAUAUCAUUUUAAAUAAAAAUAAUAUUAUAAUUGAACAAAUUGAUGAUUUAUUAUCAUACUGUAUAAACAUAAACACUCCAGCAAUAUUCGAUUAUUUACUCACUUGCAAUAGCAAUGAUAAUUAUAAAUAUGAAAUAAAUAAUAGUUUAAUAGAGAAAAUAAUUUAUAAAUAUUAUUAUAAACUAUUUUUAAUAUCAAUUUUAAAUUAUCAUGAAAAUAAUAGUAUGGAAAUCGGUAAAGAUCUAAUGGAAAUAAUCUUAAAAAAAGUAAAUUCCGGUGGUGAGGAUGAUGAAAUUAAAAAACUCAUAUCUCGUGUAUUCAGGGGGACUAUACCUUUGAUAUCUACACAACCUACUUCUACAACAGCCUCAGGAUAUAGAAGAAAUGCAAAAGCAAUAUCACUAUUUAAACCAAAAUCCGAAAUAAGAUGCUCUGAAGACGAAUUAAAAGAGCUAAGUGUCAAUUUUGAUAGUGUUCCACAGCAAGCAGAUCAACUAUUGUUUGAUGGUUUAAUCCAAAUAACCAAGUCCAUUGAAUUUCAAUUGUUUUUUAAAGAAUAUAACAAAGCAUUUGGUUUUAUAAUGGAUAACUAUUCAAAUUUAACCAAAACCAAUUGUUCUAUCGAAGAUAAAUGUAAAACAUGCAUAGACUUCCUCUUUUCAUCUUACAAAGAAACAGAGUUUGAUGAUGGACUCAGAUCUUUAUUUAACUGGGGUAUAGAAAAUUAUGUUUUAUCUAUAGAGUACUGGAUUGAACAAAUCAAAUGCAGAGAUCCUGGAUAUGAGUAUUUUUGUUCUAUGAUGGUAGAUUUCUGUUAUAAAAGACUAUUAUGUUGUAAAAAAGUUAAAUUUUCAACAAUUCUUUAUUGCCAUAAUCUUAUACAGAAUAAUAAUGUAGAUAUUCAACAUACACUAUUCCACUCAUUCCACUACCUCAGAAUUAAACAUUUUACACUACACUAUUAUAUAAUGUCAAGGCCCUUCAUAUUUGAAGUAUUUGGGUCGUAUGAUACAAUUCAUGCAAUGAUAUUUCAAACAGCAAAAUAUUUCUCUGCUACCUAUGGCACUGUUAACGUUCCUAUGUCUGGUACCGUUUUUACAAAUCAAGUUAUAAACAACAUUAUUACACCUAAUAAUAUAGAUACCAUGAAUCAAUAUGACUUAAGACUUUUUUUAGAUCCAAAUCAAUUCACACUAGAGUAUAUUAGUAAGUUAGACAAUGACGAACUUUUAAAGCAAUUAUCCUAUCAUCUAUCAACUAAACCAACUGAUAAAAUGUCUCAAUUUCAUCCCGAAUAUCAAGCAAUGUCAUUGGAUCAAGACUUUAAAUUUUAUCUACAUAUCAAUAGAAGUGACUUAUUUUUACAAAAAAUACAAGAGGCUAUAAUAACUACAUCAGCAUCCACAAUUUUAAAUAUUAUAUUAUAUAAAGUAUCAUUCGAAAUCAAUAGUAUGGGUGUCGAUUUAAAAUACCAUCAUCAUGAUAAUAGUUUAACCAGCGAUAUUGUAAAAUCAUUUUGUUAUGAUUUUUCGUUAUUGGAUAAAUUAUUAAUGCUUUUUAAUGGUGCCAAUAAACAACUCUUACUAGACACAAUAUUUAUAGAUUCCCUUUUUUUAGAAAGAACAGAUUUUAUAGACUACAUCAUAUCAAAAUAUAAUUUAUCAUUUCCUGAGACAAUAAAGCAAAAUAAUAUAAAUUUAAAUAAUUUAAAAUUACUAGAUAAUCAUUUAAAAAUUAAUUAUUUUAAUCAAUAUAUAAUUUUAAAUAAAUAA